AUGGACUCUGCUCACAAUCUAGAACUCCAGAUAAGCUUUGCUGAUCUUUGGAAGGGCAUUGUAUCCAUUGAUAUUGUCGAUAAAUCGAAGUAUUUAGGUGUUCCACUUGAAGACGGGCCAUAUCCACGACAACCUGUCUACACAUCUCCCGCAUUAGAAUAUGGACCAACACCGUAUCAAGUUCCGCCCGAUGGCCUAGUCUAUCCGACGUAUGCAGAGUAUGGCUAUCCGCAAUAUAUUCCUGCUUAUGUACAAUCCUACAACGCGCCCCCCUACCCAAACCCAGAUUAUCCUGGACCAUACUAUCCUCCUCCAGAUUAUCCUCCACCAGGAUACCCUGUUGGCCCUCCUCCUCGUCAAAGCUACUCCAACGAGAGUGCAGAACCACAACAGCGAUUGAAGCCUAAGAACCAACAAUCUAAUGUGGAUCGAAGAAAAUCUAAAUCUGACACAUCACGGAAGUAUGAUUCACGUGAAAACGAAAUAGCAUCAAGAGAAAGCAAAGAUAAAGAAGAAGUACCUUGA